UGGUAGAAACUUGGAAGAAGAAAUCUCCAAAUGUGUGGAGGAUGAAGAUUGCUUUGAGGAUAUACAAGAUAUAUAUGAUCAAUUGUAUAUACAAUUCCUCAAACAACAAGAGAAUGUGUUCUCCUUGAGUGAUCAUGUAAACUCAAGUGAAGAAGAAACAACAAAACUUCAAAUGGACUUAGUGAAGUCCAAGAUCCAAAUAUGUGGCAUAAAGGAUGAGAAUAAGGCUCUCCCUGAUCGA